UUGAAGCCAUCUUUCUAAAGAGAAACGCGUCAGUUGCGGCAGUGUUGAUAUUUACAGCGAAAGCCAUAAUAUUAUGGUUUUAAUCUGAAGAAAAUUUCAUGUCUUAUUUAUCUAUCAGUGAUUUAAAAAGAAGACUAUGGCUUUGCCAGAUGAAAAAUCUGCUAACCAAUUUAUCUCGGCUUUGGUAAAAAAUUUACAAGCUGUAUGUCAUGGAAAUGUAGAUUUUGAUAAAAAUGUGAAAGUUGUGGGUCAUUUAUUCCUAACAGUUGAUAGUGCAACAGAAUUUAAUUAUAUUGUGAAUGAAAAAGUUUCUAAAAGUGAUGAAUCUUCAACGACAUUUAUCAGUAAAAGUUUCUAUGCCACUGAUCCACAACAAAAAACACCAAAGAAAAAUUUAGACAGACCACUUCCUCCCCCCACCCCAAAUGUUUUGGGUAAAACUCGUUAUGACAUUAGUGUGGACUUGACAGAUGAACCUGGGGGAGGAAGGUAUCCGCAAAUGCCAGGAAGGAGUCAGUUUUCUAGACCUCAAGGAUAUCCAGGCUCUCAUCCAAUGCACAGAACUCCAGCACGUCGUAGACCCUUUGAUCAAAAUAGACUUCCCCCUCAUCAAAUGGCUAAAAUGCCUCGUCUUUCAUCACCACAGCGUCAAUCCAUGAAUUUAUCAUCAUUAUCACCACGAAAAAUACCAACAUCACCAUCACAAAGAUUAAAUGCACCAUCAACAAUAACAUCUCCGUCCAUUCCUAUUCCUGUUGAUCCAGCAUCAGUAUCAGCAACACCAGCUCAUUCUUUACCUGGUGCUGAUAAACCAGAAUCAGAUUCUACUGGUAAUAUUACUGAUACAACAGAUAAACCUGAUAUUAAAUUUGAAGUUAUUAAAGUAGAAAAUGGUAGUGUUGUAGCUAGUAAUAAAAAUAAAACAGAAGAAGAUGAUGGUCAACUAAAAAUAGAAUCUGUUACUAGUCAUGAUUUAUCAAUAGAUACAGCGUCAACCGGUGAAAAAGACUCAGAAAAUACAGCAGAUGGUGGUUCUAGUCCAAGUGAAAAACCACCGGAUAUUCCUAAUGAAUCUGAACCAAGUGAUAAAAAUACAGCUGAAAAUACCCCAACUGACCGUACAACUCCCUCUGAAUCAACUGAAGAAUCAUCUCCAUCAAAAGCACCUCAAUCAAACGACCCUGAAGUUAUAGAAAUAGACUUGACCAAAGUUAAAGAUGAAAUAGAUAGCUUAUUUGACUCUGAUUCAAGCAGUAUGUUUGAAGCUUCUGGUGGUCAAAGGCAGCAUUCAGGGAAUUUUUCAGGUGCUCAGGGUGGUGAUAACAGUCUUUCAAGUUUCGGUGGUGAAUCAAAUGAUGAUGAUUUUUUCAAUAGUUUGCGCGAACAAACUGUUGGUUUAUAUCCUGUAGGCUUACAUGCCAAUGAAUCUAAUCCUGGUGAACAAUUUGAACAUGGGUCAAUUCCAAGCCUUCCUGGUGCUCAGUCUGAUGGCGCUUACAUGUCAAUGCCUGGCUCAAGCGCCUCCCCCUCUCAAAAUCAACAGGAAUCUCCUAGUUUUUAUCGAUAUCAGUGUAUUUGGUGUAUGGAGAAUUUUGAAGCUCCUUCUCAAUUAACUCAACAUGAAAAGGACAAACAUAGCAACUAUUUCAAUUCAGAAAACAUGUCCUAUAUUUGUCAUAUUUGUAAUCAUAUAUAUGCAUCGCGGGGGCAUUUUAAAGAACAUGUCAUGACCAAACAUAGAAAUUAUAGAGCACAGUGUCCGUUCUGUGACCGUUCUUAUUCUCGAAAACGGGAUUUAAUUAGACAUAUAAGAAGAAUGCAUACUGAUAAAACUUGUUAGUUCUGUGAUAGCAUCCCAAUACAGGAUUAUACCUUACUAAGGCGAAAUAAACAAUGGACCUGAGAUGAAAAGGACACUACACUUGUUAUAUAUGUGAACAUUUAUUUACACUAGGACGGCAUUUUAAAGAAUAUAUCUGAUUAAACAUCUGUUCUGUGACGGUUCUUAUUCACAGAAAGAUGAAUUAAUUAUGUAUAAUUAAAAAAUGGAAAUAGUCAUACUACUGAUAAUAACAAGUGCUCAUGAUAUCAAAUUAUCACAUUUCGUCUUAUUAUUGAUCAGU